AUGUCUGAUACAUCUCAAUCUUCAGAUACUUUGAGAGAUAUAAUCCUGUGGAGGAAGAAGAGGCAGUGUUUGCUGACUCUUUUGACAGCAACAGCAACAUGGGUUUUACUCCAAGUCUACCAAUUCAACUUCCUCACUCUGAUUUCAUACCUGGCCAUAUUCAUUGUUGCUUCGUUGUUCCUUACAGGCAACUUGCUCAGGCUUCUUGGCAAAGAGCCUCCAGACUUGUCAAGAGUGGGAAUUUCGGAGAAGUCGGCUUUGGAGAUGGGCAAUAACUUUCGAGCAUGGGUUGAAGAGGGAAUUCGAUGGAUGUUUUGGGUUGCUGCAGAGAGAGAGUGGUUUGUAUUUGUUGGAACUGUCUCUGGUUUGUGGCUAGUCUCCCGUGUAGCAAGAUCCGUCGAUCUUCUUACCCUUCUAUAUAUAGGUAUUGUCACGGGCAUGACAGUUCCAGCAAUGUAUGUCAAGUACCAGGACAAGAUAGAGAGGGGCGAGGAGAAGUUAAAGGCACAAUUGAAAAGGUAUUACGACACGUUUGAUGAGAAGGUAGUGAAGAAGAUACAGAACAAGGUGACAGUCGGGGAAGAGAAGGAGAAGAAGGUUGAGUAGCUGCUAAUUAUAAUUUGCAUGCCUUGCUUGGAAAUUAAUUGCAUGUAAAAUUUCUCGAGUAGGUAUCUUGACCUUGUGAGCCAGCUUAGUUGUAAAUUGUGAAUCACUCAUUGAUCAAGCCCAUUCCUUGAUCUUGUGUAUUCUAUAUAUGGUAUACCCGUGUAGUUAUAUUUC